GUUGGCUCAGCCGCAAAAAUCCGUUUCAUCCCCCACAGCCUUCUAGUAGGAGAGAAGAACAAGAAUGCGACUCAGGAUUCGGUAUGUCUUCGCCCACCUCUAGCACGAAGCACCUACACGAUGUUGAUGGAGACGAGCAGAGAGGGACUGGAACGUUGUCGAAAACUAAAGAUAACAAGAAGAAAAACAAGAAAGGGGGAACUAGUGCAUCAAACACUUCACUCCUCGGUGGGG